GUGAAUUAUAUGUGAGUAUAAGUCCCCUACUCCCCUUGUAUCACGUUAAUAAAUUCACUUACAAAUGUUAAUAACAAAAAAGUGUUUAUGUUGGUUCGACAAAGGGUUAGUAGUGUGUUUAAUAGAUUAAACAUCUACAGUGUAAACAGAAAGACACACACAGUGAACUGCAAAGCCUCAAAUGUGCGUCUGCUGGCCACAUCCAUUAGGAUUGUUUGGACAAAACCAAGAGAAAGAGGGAGGGAGAAAGAUUCAGGAGAGGAGGGUCUUGGAAAAGAAUGGAUUCUCUGGAGACCAGUAGGAGGAGGAGAGAGGGAAAGAGUGAGAGGGGAGGGCUGAUAACUACAUCUGGAAGUUAUUUGGAACAAGAGAGGGAGGAAAAUAGUUGAUAGAAAAGAUAGAAAGCCAAGGAGAACCUGGAAUUAGUAAUUAGGGUUGAGGGAACACACUAACAAGCAAACAAAUACUUUGAUGUUGUUUGUUACCUAAAAAAAGAAGAAGAAAAAAAUAUAUAUAUAUUGGGAUUUCAAGAAGAGAGAAAUGAUAGGAGUCUGAAGGAAUUAAACAACAAAGAAAGAAAAGCUUGUGAAGAAUUCUGUAUCCGACAAAACUGCAAGACCAAUAUUUCAAGCUCAUCACUUCACAGAAGCCUUUAUGUUUUUUUGUACCUUAAGAAGAGCCAUUAACAACCAGAAGAACUGGAGGAAUCACAUCUGUGAUGUGGAUAAUAUUGAUCUAUGAAUAAUUAAAGCAAGAUCUCAUGAACUUCAUCACUACGAAGCAAAAAGACAAUACAGGAAGCUUUGGAGUAAGAACAAAGUGAAAACUCAACUCUGUUCCUCGAAACCCUUCAAUUGCCUGUCAGUCAAUUUUUCUGUCUCCAUUUAAAUCAAGAAUGUCUGUGUCACGAGGUUGUCUCUGCUGUGUGAAGUACCUCAUGUUUAUCUUCAACCUCAUCUUCUGGUUGGGAGGAUGUGGUUUAUUUGGUGUUGGGGUGUGGCUUGCCUUUACACAGUCAGAGUUUUCAUCUCUACCACUGUCCUUCCCUUCACUCUCCGCGGCCAACCUACUGCUUGUUGCUGGGGGCGUCACCAUGGUGACAGGGUUCCUAGGAUGCCUUGGUGCUCUGAAAGAGCAGAAGUGUCUGUUGAUGACGUUUUUUGUGAUCCUCUUGUUUCUAGUCCUGAUAGAAGUGGCACUGAUUUUGGUUUUGAGUGUGUAUCAUGAAGAGUUGGACAAGAAAGCCAAGGAUGACCUAAGAGAGGGAAUGAAAGACUAUCUCACAAAUGAAGGGCUAAAAAAAUCCUGGGACAACAUGCAGAGAAUUUUCAAGUGCUGUGGCGUGAGCAACCACACUGACUGGCACAACAAAACGUCCAGUGGCAAACUUCCUGACUCCUGCUGCAGGGAUAAUACUGAACGCUGCCAUCACUGGGAAGAGCCAUGCUAUGAGAAGGCCAAAGACUGGCUCCUGGCUAACAUAACCUCAGUGCUUGGGUUUGGAGUUUGCAUUGGAAUCGUUCAGAUUCUUUCUUUGGUGUUCUCCAUGCUGAUGUACUGCCAAAUCCUACGAGCAGAAAAAUACAUGGACUGACCCUACCUUUGCCCCAUUGUGCCAGGGGCUCUUUAAAACAUAAUUCUGAAUAUGUAAUAAAUGUUUAAACAGACUUGCCUAUUAGAGAUACUGGAUGAGAUAUGCAUGUGCACAUAAAUUAUGCCGUUGCACUUAGGAAGAAGCUCAGAUGAAUUUCUGCUAAAUUAAUUUACCAGGUAAAUGCCUAAAUAAUUAAAAUGUACUUAGGAAAAGAUGAUUAAAUGAAUAUAAACUGAAUGUAUACAGUAGGUGGAAAAGUAAAUCCUAGUAUUAUUGCAGUCCUUAAAUACCCUUAUAACUGC